AUGGACCUCACCAACGACAGACCAAGCCCUCUGUUCGUCAUGAUCUUCCCAGCCAAGGAGGAUGGAUGCUACUUUGUGGUGGUUCGCCUGCGCUAUCUCCCGCUUGCAAUGAACGUGCUCGACAACCUGCCGUCCUUUCUCCAGUUUCACCUUGGCGAGUCAUCGUUCCCCAAUUUCAUCCGAGUUAUCAAGAACUGGUCCGCUACCGACCUCGCCUACCCCGUGGAGAUUCUCGAGGGCACUCUCCACAUCGACAUCCACGCCAAACAUGUUUGGGAUGUAGACGAUGGCCUUUCCGUGAUCGGUUUCCUUGACGAUUGGAACGAGAGUCAGGCUCAGCUCCAGACCGCUCUCCAGACCAUCAAGACCAUUACUGACAAGAAGAACAGUUUGAACCGGGACUUACAGUCCGUUCGUGACGAUUUGGAGGCAAUGAAGGCCGCCCAAGAGACUGCUGCUGCUAGGCCUGUUCCGAUGCUCACAGUGGACGUCCCUACAGGUCCACCAGGCCAGACACGUGUCAGCACUACUACACUACUCAGUCCCUCGGCCCAUGGCACUGCUCCACCGGCGACGGCUCAUGAAACGGACGGAGAAGAUGGGGAGGACCAACCCAAUGCGUCCUCUCCUAUGGACACCGGUCGAGAUGGUUUUGGUGACAACCAUCUUGUUCGUGCACAGGGUUCCGCCCGACUCGCCUUCCAGAAUAUUAACACUAUUCCCGAUGAGUCAGACGACCCUAAACAAGCACAACUCAACCACUGGAUUCGAAGUGAAUGUGUGGACUUUUUACUUCUGGCUGAAUUGAACAAAUUCUGGCCAGCAAUUACACCAACCAACCGAUGGCGUGAACGUGCCAGCACUAUGGCUAGGAAGGGGGAAGGUUUCCAUUUGGCGGUGGCCUACAAUACCCAUCAGCCACGGGCGGCCCAUUCUACCACUCAAUUUGGGGGCUGCUCGACUUCUGCCUUCAACAAAGUAUCUCACCGAGUCAGGUCCAGUGGCGACGAUAGCUUGGGGCGAUGGGCUUGGAUACGUCUUCAGGGCCGAACACGAGGCGUUGGCCAGCGCGACUUGGUGGUGAUCUCUGCCUACCGACCAAACCCACCGAACGACGGGCAUCAAACAGUGUGGUUCCAACAUAAGGCCCACUUCAGCCGCACCAACCGCGAUGCAGAACCCAGGGAAGCUUUCAUCAAGGACCUCUCGACGGCAAUCAACAAAUGGCGCAACGGAGGCUGCUCUAUCAUCUUGGGCAUCGAUGCCAACGAUGACUUAUCCUCCUACUCCCCGAAGUCUUUCCGUUUUCGGAUGAGCGAAGUAGGACUGGUCGAGGCGAUCCAGUCCAAGCACCCAGGGUCCCAUCAGGCCACUUACCAGCGGAACCUCCGUGGGUAUCCGAUUGACGGCAUCUUCGCGACGCCUGACGUGCCCAUCCUGGCCGCCGGGUACUACCCUUUUGACGAACACGUCGCCUCCGACCACCGGGGCCUGUGGAUCGACUUUGACUUGAACAGUCUCCUUGGCGGACACCAACCUACGAAAUCCACCCAUGUUCCACGCCGGCUGGUGAUGCACAACAAACGGGUGGUUCAACGAUACGUCCAAUUGGCGGAGCAGGGUUAUAUGCGGUACAAUAUUCCGGGUCGUCUCUCUACCCUAGGAUUCGAUGUUGCCCGACAGCAGGGCGGCAUCACCAAAUUCCAGGCGGUCAGAUUAGAUCGGAUACACGCUGAUGCCUACACAGUUCGACGGUUGGCGGAACAGAACUGCAGGAAGUUGUCGAUGGGUGGGGCAGAAUGGUCUCCUAAAGGCCAAUCCAUUCGGGAUCGGAUCACCUUGUGGCGCCUUCUCCUCAACGGCCGACGUCAGCGCCGGGUGAGCUCCAGGAAGGUUCGCGGCCUGCUGCUCAAGACGAACAAGCCCUUGGCCUGGAAGUUGACCACAGCCAAACUUGAGUCCCACCUCACCCAAGACCUUGGUCAAUAUAGAGACGCCAAGAGGGGCCUCACUUCUAAAUGGCGGAAGGCUCAUGUCACUACUCGUACCCAGAGCAUUGCUAAAGUCCGCCACAAGACGGCACGCCGACUAGAACGAUAUCACUGCUUAAGGUCCAUGAAGCAACGCGAGGAGACUCGUCGGAGGCGCAAGGCUCGUUCCUCCGGUUUGUCUGGCGGUCUAAGGGCCAUCCAAGUCGAACUGGAGGACAGCUCUGGCAAUUGUCGGUUACAGACCAUUACUGACCCGACGUCGGUCAAAGAUGGAUGCAUGCAAGAAAAUAGGGCCAGGUAUCAACAAACCCAGACCCCACAUCCAACUCCUCCCAUGUCUGAGCCUCUCUACACUAUGUUCACGGGCCCCGACGCCGACAACAACCAACAACUUCUUCUGGAGGGCAAACUCCCCAUCCCUGGUGGCCUGGCUUACCCUACCCAAGCCUUCCUUCGCCACUGUCGACUGCACGACAGUUAUCGGCCUCGUCCUUUCCCUUUGACGGUUGAAGAGCACGUGGACUUUUGGAGUCGCACCCCUGAGAACAAGGGUUCUGAGCCCCACGGCCUCCACAAUGGCCACUUCAAGGCAGGCGCCCUUUCGGAACUGUUGGCUUCUUGUGAUACGGCGUUUCGAGACCUUCCACUCCGUUUAGGCCAUGUCCCGGAACUCUGGAAGAACCUGAUGAACUUCGCGAUUGAGAAGAAGCCUGGCGACUUCCGCCCGCAGGGGAUGCGGACCAUCCAGCUGUUCAACUCGGAGGCUCAAGCCAACUACAAGAAGGCGGGUUGGGCUGCAAUGAAGAAUGCUGAGGAGGAUGACAUCAUCCCUAAAGGACAGUGUGGGUCACGAAAGCAGCACCAGUCCAUUGAUCUAGCCCUUUCCAAACGAUUGAUCUGGGACUCGCUCAUCCUGGAACAACGGUCUUCCGGCUGGAUCUCGAACGACGCGAAGUCUUGCUUCGAUCGCAUCGUUCACUGGGUAGCGAAGACGGCCUUGCGGAGAUUCGGCCUGCCGGUCACUGUCACCAACCUAAUGUUCGAUAUCUUGGCCAAGGCUAAACACAGGGUCCGAACUGGCUUUGGCGACUCGGAUCGGACCUUUGGGCCCACUGGCGAUGUUCCCUUCCAAGGCUGCGGUCAAGGCAACGGCGCAGGCCCUUGCAUCUGGGUUGCAAUCAGUGCCAUCCUCAUUGACGCCAUGGAGGCCGAGGGAUUUGGGUACAAGAGCCGAACUGCCCUCACUAACGAGGAGUUCUUCGCUUCGUGCUUCUGCUUCGUUGAUGACACCGAUGUCAUGGAGUCCAACGACAACGUGGAGACGACUGGCGAAGACCUCCUCCCUUUGGUACAAUCGGCUUUGGACCUUUGGUCGGGUGGCAUCAGUGCCACUGGUGCCGCUUUCCGCCCCUACAGCCGCCGCCGUCGCCGAUUGUUACAGCCCCUUGGACCGUUAUCUGAUUCGCUGGACCGCUGGACCUGGCUCCUCUCUCGCACCUCUUCAAUCCUCUUCCAUCGGACGGCCUCCAACUUGUCAAUCUACCGACCCAUCAACUCGCGUUCUCAUAAGACCUUCCGCAGGGAUCUUCAUCACACCUGGACGGGAACCCUUCCCGGGGACGUCCAAAGGGCAUCAGUAAACCUUUACCCACGGACAUCCUACGUAACUGCCACGGGCACAGCCCCUGUAGAUCCACCAGAUCCGGAGUCCUUGCCGGCCUUGAUCCUUCACAUCUGGAGGGAAUUGGCAGCUGACAUGGACGACGAUUGGGGAUGGGUCCCGGAAUACAUCUACAUUGAGGGUGACGAACAAGUCCUACUGGAGGCACUGGAGAAGGGAAAGCUAUGGGUGAUCAGCGACGGCUCCUUCAAGCAACAAGUGGGCACAGCAGCAGUCCAGCUACGGACUAGACGUGGAGGACACGUCAUCUGGAUCAAGUGCCGUACACCUGGUAAACGAGAGGAUCAGAGUGCGUACCGGAGUGAACUUAUUGGUCUGUUAGCUGGUAUCUUGGUGGCUUCUUGGCUCCGCCUACGCCUACAGUCCCUCGCCAAACCACGAGUCCGUGUGGCGUGUGAUGGGAUCGCCGCGCUUCGCCAGGCCUUCUCUACUUGGCCGUUGUCCCCAACUGCUCCACACUUUGAUCUCUUGUCCUCCAUCCGCGAGGCCCUCCGAGUUUCCAACAUCUCCUGGGCCGAACAACACGUUGGCGGCCAUGCUGACCGAACCAAGACAUGGCGACAGAUGUCUUGGUGGGAACAACGGAACUCCGAAGUGGACGACAUUGCCCAGGGCUACGCCGACGAGCUGAUAUCCACCAACAACAUGAUCGCCACCAACCCAAAGUUCUUCUCCAAACCCUGUGCGAUCUACAUUGACAAUGAGAGGGUCUCCUGCCUGGCCUUGGAAUCGGUCGACAAAGCCGUAAUCCGCACCCCUAACAACCAGCCCCAAACCGAGACUCUGUGGUAUUGCCUCCACGGUAUGUCUUCUUCCGCCCUCACCCAAGUCUGCGAGGCCCAACUCCGCCUUGGCCCCCAAUGCCUCCUCGAAGGCCUUCUCGUCCACGGCUGGGCCGACCUCCAGCAACAAUUCUACCGCUCUCGCGGUAGUCGCCGAUCCGGUAACCUGUGGGCUGCCAAUCUAUCUUGA